AUGGAGCCCAAGGCAGAGACGUCCGAGGUUUCCCCUAGCGACGGCGGGGAGCUGGAGCCGGGGGCGAAGUGGCGGGAGGCGCAGGAGGCGCGGCAGGAGGAGGCCCGGGCCCAGCCGGGGCGGUGCGCGCGCGGGUUCGAGCGCUGCGUCCAGCCCUGCCUGGCCGAGCUGCUGGGCUCCGCACUCUUCAUCUUCACCGGCUGCGCCUCCGUCAUCGACGACACGGAGGGCACCGGGAGGCUGCAGCCCGCCCUGGCGCACGGUCUGGCGCUGGCCAUCGUCAUCGCCGUCUUCGGGGCCAUCAGCGGCGGCCAUUUUAACCCAGCAGUGUCCCUCUCCGUCUGCUUCAUCGGGGGUCUGAACCUGGCCCUGCUUGUCCCCUACAUCUUGGCCCAACUGUGUGGGGGCAUGAUCGGGGCUGGGCUGGCCAAGGCCAUCUCUACACCACAUGACUAUGUCAAUGCCACAGGUGCAGCCUUCAGUUCGGUGCAGUCCAGCGCCCAGGUGUGGCCGGCAGUGCUGGCUGAGGCAGUGAUGACACUGUUUCUCACCAUGGUGGUGUGCAUGGGGGCAGUGAACAGCCAGACCAGGGGGGUCCUGGCACCCCUCUGCAUUGGUCUUACUGUGGCGGCCAAUAUCCUGGCUGGGGGCGCAGUGUCUGGAGCCUGCAUGAACCCAGCCCGCGCGUUCGGACCAGCAGUUAUGGCGAACUUCUGGAGCUAUCACUGGAUCUACUGGGUGGGACCUAUUGCAGGCGCUCUGCUCACAGCUGGAUUCGUAAGGCUCCUGCUGGGUGAUCGGGCGAUACGCGUUCUUCUGAAAUAGGCUGAUUGCCGCCCCACCCAUCCGUGUCUGGUUCUCUUGGUUGGAUCAAUUGCACCAGGCAAGAUCAAUCGAGUACAGAAAAAAUACAUAAACAAUUACGUAAUUGACCCUGGCCUGCUGUAAUUGUAUUAGAAAUGAUUCACUUAUUCACUAUUCAACAUAGGAAUAUAGGCUAUAACUUGGGGCUACAAUGUACUUAGGACAUAGUAAGGUAUAUGUAGCGAAAUAGCCUACAAGCCUACCUGUGUAAAAUAAAAGAAACACCAAAUAGCCUUUUUUUUACAUACUGUAAAAAUAUCCCAUAAAAAUGGUAUCAAUGUUGCCAUUGAAAGCCAUUUAAUGAAUGGAAAAUACUGUGUAUAGCUACAUCCUCUUAUUUAACUGUUAUUAUACAGUAAAUCUUGUUAUUUUAUGGCUGGACAUAUUUUAUGGGAUGGCUAUUGAAACAGUGAAAUACCGUACACACAUUUUAUCUUCAAAAUACUUUGUUUAAGAGUGUAGCCUACCUACAGUAGACCUAUAUAUAUUUAUUAAUCAAUGAUAUAUCAAUGAUAUGUUCCAUUGAUUUUGUAUGAAAGUGAAAAGCAUGUAUAUUUCUAACAUAUGCAGUGAAUUUAUACCAUAUAACAUUCCAACGAUUAUGCAUUUCAUCAUUUUCAAAAAAGGUGGCCAAUAGAAAGGUCUAUGCUUUGUGCUGAAGCGCUGUGGUGUUUUUGUUUAUUGUUUGACUGUUUUAAUACACAAUACAUAAAUAAAGUAUUUUUUCAUAUUUAAAAAUGCCUCUUUCACCAAGAGUGCCUUGAAGCUUCAGGAA